UAUACAGAUCCUCGGCAUUCGCACAGCAUAGCCCAUUCAAUCAACAAUAUUUUGGCCGCAGUCUCAAAACGUCUUGUUCUAUUUAAAAUAAAUAUAUACUUUCAGUGCGAGAGAGUUACAUAAUCACUACGCACACACACACAACCACGAUGAACCCCAACAAGUGCCCGGACCUGCAUGAGCGGGCCAAGCGCAUUCACGAGCCGGGCAGGAUCUGCCGCGAGCUGCUCUACUUGCGCUCCAAGCGGGCCGUGCGCGAGGUGCCCGCCUUUACCUACCAGGCCUUGCAGAAGGGCACAGUGGUCAAGCCGCCCAACAAAAUUGAUAUAUUUAAGCGUCAGCCCGUCAAGGAGACUGUCUUCAAGAUCUACUUCAUGCGCGGCGAUAUCCCCGUGGCUCUGUCCGGACGCAGCAAUAAGCAGGAUCCCACCAAGGACCGCCCUCUGCGCUGGCACUGCACGCCCGAGGAGCUCGACUAUUGCUACUAUUUGCCCAUCUUUCUGGACGGGCUGGCUGACAUUGACAGCGACACUCGUAUGCUGGCGGUCAAUGCAGCCGUCGAUCUGAUCAUGAGACAGCCGCACAAAGUGCUCCCAGUGCUGCCGAAGCUAAUACUGCCCCUCAAACGAGCCUUCCAGACCCGGGACAAACGCAUCAUCAUCUCGGCGCUCCAGGUGCUGCAGCUGAUGGUUCGAUUGGGUCCUUGCGUGGGACAAGCCCUGGUUCCCUUCUAUCGUCAGCUGCUGGCCGUGUGCAACCUCUACAAGAAUGUCAACGUGAAUCUGGGCGAGGGCGUCGACCCGGACCGCAGCAAGCGCAUCGGCGAUGUCAUCGAGGACACCCUGAAGCUGCUCGAGUACUGCGGCGGACCCAACGCCUUCAUCAACAUCAAGUACAUGGUGCCGACCUACGAGAGUAGCGUCUUUCCGCGCUGCCAGGCUACCGAUGGCCAGGAUGCAGCCCCCAAGCAUUGAUGACUGCUCCAAGUUUCUGCCAACUUUUAACAGACUUAUUUUGGUUCAGUUGUUAUGAUUACAUUAACAGAAAAUUAUCGUCAAUUAGACUCGAAAUUUUACGCAAUAAAGCAAAUCAGUACGGUUCUAGCAUGACAAUGCUACACCCAUAAAUAA